AAGUGCGCGCGGCGCACGGCGAGCCUGGCCCUCCCCCCGCGCAAAGCCAGCCGCGAGCAGGGCCGCCGCCAGGUCUCCAGAUCAGGUUACUCAUCUGUAUCUGGACUAAAAUCUUGAAUUGCCAUCCAACCAAUAUUAACCACCCUUGGAGGUUCAAUCCUCUGUGUCAUUUUGCCACUGAACUCAGCAGGAGGCAAUGUCAUCCAUAAAAGUUGAGUGUGUUGUGCAAAAGAAUUGCAAGAUUGGAGAAUCACCCUUAUGGGAAGAAAAGGAAAAUUCACUUCUUUUUGUGGACAUAUCUGGUAAAAAGGUCCAUCGAUGGAAUUCCCUUACUAAGGAAGUGCAAAGUGUUUCUGUGGAUGCUCCCGUGAGCUCUGUAGCUCUUCGCAAAUCUGGUGAUUAUGUUAUUACCAUGGGAACCCAAUUUGCUGCUUUAAACUGGAAAACGAAGUCUGUUACCACCAUUACUUACGUUGACAAGGAUAAACCCAAUAACCGAUUCAACGAUGGAAAAGUGGAUCCUGUAGGAAGACUGGUUGCAGGUACAAUGGCUGAGGAGAUUCGGCCUGCAGUUUUAGAGAGGCAACAGGGAUCCCUUUACACCAUCUUCCCUGACCAUUCUGUAAUUAAACACUUUGAUAAGGUGGACAUCUCCAACGGUCUGGAUUGGUCGCUGGAUCACAGAACGUUCUUUUACAUCGAUAGCCUUUCCUACUGUGUGGAUGCAUUUGACUAUGAUCUUCAAACUGGAAAGAUGUCCAACUGCAGGAAUAUGUACAAGUUAGAAAAGGAAGAGCAUAUCCCUGAUGGGAUGUGUAUUGAUGCAGAAGGGAAGCUCUGGGUGGCCUGUUACGAUGGAGGAAGAGUGUUACGCAUCGACCCUGAGACUGGAAAACGAAUCCAGACUGUGCAGCUGCCUGUUGAUAAAACUACCUCCUGUAGUUUUGGUGGAAAAGAUUAUUCAGAGUUGUUUGUCACAUCUGCUUGCCAAGGAAUGGAUGAGGCUGGCCUGUCACAGCAGCCCCAGGCUGGUGGCAUUUUCAAGAUAACUGGACUUGGGGUGAAAGGAAUCCCACCAUAUUUAUAUGCAGGUUAAUCUUGAAGACGAGCAUCAAUAUCAGGAAAGGCGAAACUGUGAAAUGUGUAAGCAUGGUUGGGAAUCUAUUGAUCUUUCCUUGGAGACUAUAGAGAGUUGGCCGAUAUGAAAAAUAGAACUCAGCAACACUAAUUUUUAAAAAGAUUUGUAUCUAGUCAAAUUGGCAGUUUACUGGUACCAACUUGGGAAACGCAUUUUCUAAUUACUUUUCUUUCCUAAUAAAGUUUGAAAUAUUUUGAAAGCUA